UGUUACACGGGUGGCUCGUCCGGACCGCUCUGCGGCCGGGGGAUGAUGGAGCUCUCGAGCGUGCGCCUUUAACUGGGGAUGCGACUCGAUUCCCAGGGUCUCUCUUCCCUUCCCAGCCGCCCCGUUGUGAUUGACAGAUCGGGCUCUCGGUGGAUCCUCCUUCCUUCCACCCGCUGCUCUCUCCUCCUCGCUCUUUUAGCUCAGUAACUUUGUACACAGGGAUGCAGGCACACAGAGCAGCCUGAAAAUGGCUUUCCUUUGGAUUUAUCCAUCCCUGCUCACUCUUCACUUGUUUAUACCGAACCAGGCCUUAAGGACAUAUCCGGAUAAUGAAGUUACUUUGCUGGACUCCAUGUCGGCACUAGGAGAUCUGGGCUGGGAGGCCUAUCCGGCAGAGGGGUGGGAAGAGAUCAGUGUGAUGGAUGAGAGGAACACUCCCAUGAGGACCUACCAGGUGUGCAACGUGAUGGAGGCCAACCAGAACAACUGGCUACGUACCAGUCACAUACCCCGCGAUGGUGCCCAGCGCGUCUACAUUGAGAUCAAGUUCACUCUGCGUGACUGCAACAGCCUGCCAGGAGUGCCGGGCACCUGCAAGGAGACCUUCAACAUGUACUACUACGAGUCCAACAACAGCAACCUGUGGUUCAUCAAGGAGAGUCAGUACAUCAAGAUUGACACCAUCGCGGCGGAUGAGAGCUUCACCCAGGUGGACGUUGGGGAUCGGGUGAUGAAGCUGAACACAGAAGUCCGAGAUAUAAGCAACCUGAGCAAGAAGGGUUUCUACCUGGCCUUCCAGGAUGUGGGGGCUUGCAUCGCCCUGGUUUCAGUCCGGGUUUACUACAAGAAAUGCCCCGUCACCGUGCUCAACCUGGCGGAGUUUCCCGACACUGUCACUGGUGGCGAUUCGGCCUUGGUCGAGGUGCGGGGCACCUGUGUCAACAACUCGCAGGAGUUUGACACACCGAAAAUGUACUGCAGUGCCGAUGGAGGCUGGCUGGUACCAAUUGGUCGCUGUGUCUGCAACCCUGGCUUUGAAGAACGAAACGACAUCUGCCAACCAUGCAGACCAGGUUUCUACAAAGCUUCUGCCCAAGAUGCCUACUGCAUGAAGUGCCCCCUUCACAGUUACUCCCACCAGGACAAGGCCACAGAGUGUGUCUGUGAGAGGGGCUACUACAGAGCGGAGACUGACCCAAGAGCUAUGGCCUGCACAAGGCCGCCGUCCGCCCCCGAGAACCCGAUCACGACCAUCAACGAGACCUCCGUGACCCUGGAGUGGAGCCCGCCGCGAGAGAGCGGGGGACGGGGCGACGUCACCUACAGCCUCCACUGCAGGAAGUGCGCCGCCGACAGCAGGGAGUGCGGCCCGUGCGGGAGCGGCCUGCACUUUGUUCCGCGCCAGUUCGGCCUCGCGUACACCAAAGCCCAGGUCACUGACCUCCUCCCGCACACCAGCUACACCUUUGACAUUGAGGCGCUGAACGGGGUGUCGGACCUGAGCCCCAGCCCUAAGCAGUACAUUUCUGUCAACGUCACCACCAGCCAGACAGUGAAUGUAAUCCUCAAGGAAAGGAAGACCAAAGACAGCAUUACACUGGCUUGGCAGGGACCAGAGAGAGCCAACGGAGCCAUUGUGGAAUAUGAAGUUAUCUACUAUGAGAAGAAUCAGAGAGAUCAGAAUUACACAGUCCUGAAGACCAAGUCUAACAGCAUGACGGUGGACGGGCUGAAGCCAGGCACUACCUAUGUGUUCAGGGUGAGAGCGCGCACCGAUGGGGGCUAUGGGAACUAUGGAGGAGAGAUUGAACUGGAGACGAGCCAUGAAGACAUGCUUGCUAUUGGUGACCCCAACCAGCCGACUAUCCUUGCCGUGUCAAUUGCAGGAGGAAUUGUUCUGCUCAUAUUUCUUGUGGCAUGCUUUGUUGUGAGUGGGAGACAUUGUGGGUAUAUCAAAGCAAAACAAGACCCCGAUGAGGAAAAGAUGCAGUUCCAGCACGGUCGAGUGAAGCUACCAGGGAGCAGGACUUACAUUCACCCACACACUUAUGAGGACCCCAAUCAGGCUGUGCGUGAUUUUGCCAAGGAGAUUGAUGCGUCUGCCAUUCGGAUUGAGAGAGUGAUAGGGGCAGGUGAAUUUGGGGAGGUGUGCAGUGGAAGACUGAAGCUUCCCAGCAAACGGGAAAUUUAUGUGGCCAUAAAGAGUCUGAAGGCUGGAUACUCGGAGAAACAGAGACGAGACUUUCUGAGUGAAGCAAGCAUCAUGGGACAAUUUGACCAUCCUAACAUCAUCCGCUUAGAAGGCGUCGUGACAAAAUGUAAGCCAGUGAUGAUUAUAACCGAGUUCAUGGAGAAUGGGUCUUUAGAUACCUUCUUAAAGAAACAUGAUGGACAGUUCACAAUCAUCCAGCUGGUUGGAAUGCUGAGAGGAAUUGCCUCUGGGAUGAAAUACCUGUCGGACAUGAACUAUGUACACAGAGACUUGGCAGCCAGGAACAUCCUUGUGAACAGUAACCUUGUGUGUAAAGUGUCUGACUUUGGCUUGUCCCGAGUACUGGAGGAUGAUCCAGAGGCAGCCUAUACAACAAGAGGAGGAAAGAUCCCCAUCAGGUGGACAUCUCCGGAAGCAAUUGCCUACCGCAAGUUCACGUCUGCCAGCGAUGUGUGGAGUUAUGGCAUUGUCAUGUGGGAAGUGAUUUCCUAUGGAGAACGACCAUACUGGGAAAUGUCAAAUCAAGACGUGAUAAAAGCGAUAGAUGAGGGGUAUCGCUUGCCUGCUCCAAUGGAUUGCCCAGUAGUUCUGCACCAGUUAAUGCUGGACUGCUGGGAGAAAAGCCGAAGCGAUAGACCCAAGUUCGGACAGAUCGUCAACACCCUCGACAAGCUGAUCCGAAACCCCAGCAGCCUGAAGCAAUUAGCCAACAGUUCAGUCUGGCAAGAUCCAACAACCCCUGAGUUCAGUGUCAACACGGUAGAAGACUGGUUGGAUGCCAUGAAAAUGACCCAGUACAAGGAAAACUUUUCAAACGCGGGCUAUGUAACCCUUGACUCAGUGUUGUACAUAAGUGUCAGUGAACUGGGUAAAAUCGGAAUUUCACUGGCUGGCCAUCAGAAGAAGAUCCUCUCCAGCAUACAGAGUCUGCAGACGCAAGGGGCACAUGUACAAGUAUAACCUUGCCCAUGUGCCACAGGCUCCACGAACCAAGAAAAGACUGAAUGAGUUCAACAUGUUGCUCGUUAUUCCCAAUUAACAGCUUCACCAUUCAAAUUGUUCUGGAUAGAUCUUCUCGUAAGCACUCUGGCUUCUGUCCAUGCACUUAGAGACACAGCAGCGAAAGGAGGAAGAGGCUGAUCUACAUUAGGUCACUCGGGAGGCAUCUAAGGAAAGUGCUCAGAAAAAAAAUCAGUUUGUGCAAGUGAGUGUACAGUAGAAUGUGAAUCAAAGUUGCCUUUUAUUAUUUUAAGGUGUUUUAGUUUCUGAACAAGCAGUACUAAGGUCAGAUCUGUGACCACUUCUUCAUAUACCUGUAUGAGAAUGUUUAAAAUGCUUCCCUCUGGCACUACAGAACUAAACCCUAUUCUAUUAUUGAAUUCUAAAAUGUCCUGGUUUUUGACAUGGUAAAUCAAAGGAGAUGAGAUCUUCUCGGUUCUAAGUUGAAAUACCUACUGUUUUAGAGGCUACCAUGAAUGCACAGAUGUAUGCCCUCUAAUUUCAAAUCCCAGAACUGACUAGUGGUAUCAGGGAAUGGAGAUUUCUGGCCUUGUUAAAGAAUACUGCACAGUGAUAUGAAAAUGCUAAUAUCACUAGCACAAUGGGAAAGACUUUAUUUAUUUGUGGCAAAGUAAUGUGAGUGGAUAACACUCACUUUUCACCUAUUCACCUACUUUUCUGUUACCAGCUCCAUUACAGUGACCUACUGUAAUACAACAGGGUAAUUGAGAGUUGUUUCGGCCUUACUUCAAGGAGCUGCUGUUAUGGCUGUCUGGGCGAUGAACAAAGAAGGAAAGCAGUGAUACAGUGUUAAAAAUACAAGCAAAACAUCAGUCAAGCAAAACUUCAAGUCUUGUGAUCCUGACUGCUGUUUAAAGUUUCACUGAAAAAUAUUGGGUCGAGUAGCGCAGCAGAAAAGAGCAAAUAAUUGUGGAAAAACACAUGGAAAGAAAAAUGUACGUACUCCAAAGUGUUUGACACGUUAUAAAAUAUCGCUAGGUGUCAAAAGGAAAUUUGACAUUGCAUAAACUGUUUUAUAAAACAUUCUUCAUUCUGAAUAGUGCCAUGAAUUCUAACUAUAAGUACUGGAACAUACUGGCAUAUGAUACCUAUUUUGUGCACACUGCAGUAAUUUACAACUGUCAACAGCAAAUCAAACACUCCAGUGGCCAGGUUUGCUGUAUUAAAAAUGGUAUUUACUCGUUAUCCCGAUAGAGAGGAAUAGCUGUGGAGCUCGAAGCGGGUAGUUUUCCUCAGUCCUCCAUCACCGUCUGGUCACCAUCAUUAGGGAUGUGGUGCGCCAAACUGUAACAGUUCAAUGGAGAAAUAGGGAUCAAAUGGAAGUUACUCAAGUUAAAAUACUAAGGCACACGUGUAAGUGCAUCAAUAUAAAAGCGACCAUCUUCAGUUUGCCUUUAAGAUUGUGCCUUACAGGUUUGGCUUACUUAAGAAGGAAAGGGGACAUUGUAACGAAAGAUCCAUUUCCACUCCUGGAGCUCUGCACACAGAAACGCCUCCUCUGUAAAAAAGGCCAUUUCCAAUAAGACCCAUGAGCUGUCCUGUGGAAGAGAGCCACAAUAUCAAUUGACAUUAGGAUCUCCAGGGACAAUGGAAAUGAUGUUUUUUUGUUUUUCCUUUCUCCAUCUAAUUUAAUCAUCCCAAAUGAAGUCCAGGAAAUCUCUACGCCUUUCAAUAGGGAUUUCAAACUCAUUUAAAAGAGGACCUGCUGUACUUACUUCUGGUUUUUGUUCUCAUCUCAUAGUUACUACUCAAAUUAUUCAAUCAAUGCAUAACUGAUGAUAUUUGUGACUGGGCUCUGAGGUGUUUAAUAGGUAACUCUACCUUUGAUGAGAUGAACAUGUUGAGUAAUCAGCUGUAAAGGACCUUUUAAAAAUCCUUGACGUGUCUAAGAAAAUAAAUUGGUUGUUUAAUUGUCUACUCGGGUUGGAAAGAAAAAUAACCAGAACACAUUAGGCCCUCUAGAUACAGAGUUUGAGACUCCUGCCUUGCAACAUUGAUAUUUAUCCCACUAGAUGAAUGAGAGAAUCAUCAACCUUUGAAGAAGUGAUGUAGAAUGAGGAUUGUGACAAUGCAGGGGUGAAAUGAAAUAAUGCAGUACGUUUACAGUAGAUGUGGAAUGUGGUUAAGUCCAAAGGUGGAGCAGGACACUGUAGCUGUAGUGUUAACACAUCGUCACUUACAGUGCAAGUACAGUAAACACCACUCGGUAGCUCCCUCUGUUUUCUAGGUGCUUCUGUAGAUUUUGAAAAAGAAUCAAAAGUGAGUGCUGUCCUUUUUAUAACAGAUAUUAACCGUCUUCAAAGCCAAUUGUACCAUAUUGUAAAAAAUGUACAGUGUUAUUGAUUAAAACUAUAGAAUGUUUAUAAUUAUGUACUUUUAUUUAGGAUGAAAAACUCUAGCAGAUUCAAUUUAAAGCAAGACAAAAAUGGACUAAUUGUGGGAGAGUGCUGAUGAAGAAUAUUGUAUAGAUGGUAAGCUUGGUCCUUGACAGUAAAUAGUGCAAUUGUAGUUUUCUUAUUAUUCAAGACGAAAACCAGAUUCCCUGACAUUAAGAUGCAUUUUAAACCUCACAUGAAGUAAGGGAAUAUGUUUAAAAAUCAUGUUUGGCAAGUUAGUGUAAAAAUGGCACUUCUCAAUGAGAAGCCAUAAUUGGCUAAGCAGAUACAUAUCUUGCUUUUAGGUGUCUUGCAGACUGUAAGCAGGGCCCCUGUGUCAGACACAUCAAGCUUCACAUGCCUUCUCAAAGCAAUUACAAGGAUUACAAUUACAUUAAAGUUCAGGCUCUAUGCUCCACUAAAUCUGAAAGCCUAUCUAAAGCCUAUCUUCGUGUGGUACUAAAAUUCCUGCUUUUGUCUGGUUAAUUUUGGGAAAUCACUCAGUUUGUAUGUUGAUAAUAUUUUCCAAAAUAAAAGAGAGUAUUCUUAAAAAAACAUAUUUUGAAACCUCUGAAUAAAACGUUUUGUCACAACACACAUACUGUACACACCUAUACCCACACACGUAUGCUAAAACAGGCGUUAACAGCUCAAAUCCAUUGUUGGCAUAAAUGUAUUUUCCUAAACAGGUUAUACAGUGUAUAGUAAAAAUGACCAGGGCUGGUUACUGUGAAACAUAACACAUGAAAGAACAUGUCAUGCUCUCUAAACUAAAUGUAGAGUUUUAAUUAUUUUUCACAGACUUUGCUGGAACCAUGAAGCAAUAGAUGUGAACCUGCUAAGUUUAUUUUAUGUGUCAUGAGUUUAGCAUUUUUGGCUAGAGUCAUCACCAUCUGUAAACAUAGUCUGAGUUUUCUCUUGCCAACUAAUAAUUUUCAGAAGUGAUAAACUACUAAAGGCUCACAAUAUUUUACUUCUUAUUGUGCCCGUUUCAUGAUGAUGAAGGAAAUUGUCAGCAAUAAGACUUUUUAGUGGUUAAAUAUUAUACAAAGAUGAACUGCAGUACUUAGUAUUAAAAUUUUUUUUACCCUCAUACUAAUCAUGGGAAAUGUCUCUCAAUACAUAAUUAAAUAUAAAGAAAAUCUGUUGAUCGUUUGUGUGGCUUGCUGAGGAGUUUUUAAAUUGAGUACAUCAUAAAUUAUACUGAUAAUUUCAUUGAAUUUUGAGGGAAACAGUAAUGUUUUAACAAAAGUAUUCUGCCUUCAUUCUGUAAGUGCACAUUUUUUUCAUACAUAAGUCUGAAAUUCUCUCAGCUGUAGGGACAGAAAGUGUGCAUAUAUCUGAAAUCAAUGUAAGACCUCUGGUAUCUACAUGACAUUUAUUCUGUGGACUUGCAAGUCUUUCUCCCGGUAACUCCAGUCUAUAGUAAAACAAAGUAAACUAUUGUACACCUUUAGAUGUCAGUUAUAGAUGCAGAUCUCAAAGACAAAACAGCUGCAAGCGUCAGAGGUUAACACUUCCCUGUCCAAAAUGUACAAAAAUAAUGAUUUCAGUAUUUCCCAGUCAAAUAAAUGGCAUAUUAUGACAAAAGUCUCAGAUGCCCACUUCAGUGGACAGGUUAAGGGCUGUUAAAAAAGGCUACUCUACAUAAACCAACACACUUGUCUCAAUUGUAUAGCUACGAGAACAUCUAGAACAUGGAAAUAAGACUGCAAGCAAGCUACAGUACAUUCAGUGCCAUAGCUGGAAAAAGCACAGGGUUGUAAUUAAAUAUAGCGUUAUCAUUAGAAGGUUGAUCACCUAGUUAAGUGCAGUAUGUGCAAUUUUAUUUUGUAUUUUUAUGGUAAAUCAUGCCUAAAAUUGUCUGUAGCAUUAAAUAAAGAAAGAAUUUAACCCUAUGCCUGGUUCUGCCAUUUUGUGAAAGUUUCCUGCUCAUUCUUUGUGAGCUUGUUUCAAUGUUCUUUUGUAUGCUGUGGUCUUCUGUUUGCCCUUGCAGGCUAAUAUGAACUUGGUAAAGGUGUACACAUUUUGAAUUCUCAUGUUGCUAUAAUAAAUAUGCUCAUAUUUUUAAUUUCUCAACUGA